AUGAAAGAAGCACCCGUAUGCAAGUUAGUUUCAAAACUCCCACUCUUUUGCACUCGACAGGUGGCGAGGAUACUAGAAGUUUCUGAAGAGAUGAGGAGGAUUAUGGGAGUGAACUCUGGUCUUGAACUGAUUACCUUGCCUUACGGACAUCAACUGCGCCUUGACCUAAUUGAAAGGCACAAUACCAUGGCAAUUGGAAUAGCUGUGGAUAUCUUGGGUUGCACAGGAACUCUAGAAGAUAGAGCAGCAACAUUAAACAGGAUCAUCCAAGUUGCAGUGGAGCUGAAGGACUCGCUGGGGGAUUUGUAUGCAUUUUCUGCCAUUAUGAAAGCACUGGAAAUGCCACAGGUCAGUAGGUUAGAACAAACCUGGACCUCUCUAAGACAUCAUUACACCCAGACUGCCAUUACGUAUGAAAAACAGCUGAAACCGUUCAGCAAAGCUUUGCAUGAAGGCCAAUAUGAGUGGACCAGUGAGUAUAAGCGAUUCUGUGCUCCACAGAACAACGUAACGGUGCCACUGCUGAUGCCUCUCAUUACCUUGAUGGAGCGACAAGCUGUUGUGUUUGAAGGCAUGGACCUGUGGGAAAGCAGUGACCAAAGCUGCGAAAUAAUGCUCAAGCACUUGGCCACAGCUCGUCAGAUAGCACAGCACGCAGAAACGUACAGCCUGACUGCAGAACGGAUGCUGGAAGGUUUCCAGCCAGAUGAAGAGAUGAGUGAAAUCUUCAAGACAGAAUUUCAAAUGAGAUUGCUCUGGGGCAGCAAAGGAGCACAAGUUAAUCAAAAUGAAAGAUACGAGAAAUUCAGCCAGAUUUUAACUGCACUUUCCCGAAAACUGGAACCUCCUCCAGUGAAGCAGGUGGAACAAUUAAGUAUAUAAGACUCUGCAAAUACUAUUUAAAUUAUAUACUUGAAAUAACCUUAGCUUCCUUUUGUCAAUUUGAUACUGCACAAAUGUCUUGCAUUUCACAAGAUGUUUAGAACUUUUAACUGCACAAUGCACACUUGUUUUAAAACUACUGAUUUCUAAACAAAUUAUUUAUUUGUGUCACCAAGUCAUUUAAUGGUCCCUUUGAACAGUUAGGAUAUCCCUGUAAGAUAGUCUUGGAGCUUUCUCUAUUUCCCCAGAGUUGCAAUGUUUUGGUAAUGCCUAGGAGUCAGGGCAUUGGCAUCUUAAUAUUAAAAUGAUGCAAAUAGUGUAAAUAAAAUGACAGAUUAAGUAUGUGACAUUGCAGAAAAUCUGUUGUAUGAUAUUCCUUUAAUGAAUAUAAAACACUGUACAUAGAAUUGUGAUUUAAAGUGUAUCUUUAUGCAAA